UCUAAACGAGUCCAAAGCGAAACCGAAAGUGAUUUAUUACUUAGGGCUUAAUAUUAUUUUUUAAAAUUAAUAAUUUUAUUAUUAAUUAUUAGGCCCAGUGAAGUGGUACCUCGACGUACGAGUAUCUCUAAAAAAUGGAUGAGGCUGAUGUCCUAAAGUCCACAGAAUCACCCUCAGUAUGUCCAUCAGGAUGUAAGCCUAACAGCUUUUUAAAUAGUAGCCCUAAGUCCAACCUUAGUCAAAGUAUGACUAUGUGUCCAGGAUUAAAAGAUACAACUGUCAAGAUGGAAUUUGCUGUUGAAAUGAAUAGUGCUUGCUGUGCUGGUAAAGUUAAAACAGCAUUACUUGGAUUGGAUGGGGUCUCCUCUGUGGAUGUUGAUGUGGCAGCCCAGAGGUUGGUCGUUGAAGGCAAUAUUGCAGCGGAAUCUGUGAAGAACACCAUUGAAACCAAGACUGGGAUGUCAGCUGUUCUGUUAGGCCAUGGUAUCAAUACUCAACAAAGUCUGGGUGCUGGAGUGGCCGCACUAAACAUAGGCAGCUGUGGAGUCCAAGGCCUGCUUAGGUUUGUGCAGACAGACACAGACUCAUGCCUGAUAGAGGGAACAGUUGACCAGCUGCCCACAGCCGAGCCUGUGUUUCUGACUGUCCACCAGACAGGGGACGUGACCUCAGGUUGUGACAGCUGUGGAACUCUCUUUACAUCAAGCAGUUUUCAGGGCAUCCUUAGCCAGCUUCACCCACAAGAAAACCAGACGGCAGAUUUUCGACUAGUUGCACAAAAUGUCAAACUAUCAGAAAUUAUUGGCCAUUGUGUGGUUGUACAUCAAGGAGAUGAGAAGAAAAUUGAGUUAAACCAAAGCAAAAGACUUGCAUGUGGGAUUGUUGCCAGAGCCUCGGGACUGUUUGAGAACUCCAAAAGGUUUUGUGCGUGUGAUGGAAUAACAAUAUGGGAACAGCGUCACAAGGACACUGACAGUAGAAAGCUUUGACGCCAACUGGGUGUCACAUUUUUUAGACAUAAAUCAUUUAAACAGCAAAUUGUGGAGCUAGGUUUCAAUAUUUCACCACAAGAUACAUGUCUGAUCAAUCUUCACUAGAUUUAUAAAUUCAAAUCAUUUUUAAAAAUAUGUGUAUGCUGCGUUAUAUUUGCUAAAAAAAGAUGUAUAAUUUUUGUAACUUAAAUGUAUUGAAAAAACUAUUGAACAGCUGUUGUUAGCCUAGGAAAUGAGUUAUUGAGUAUAAUUACUAUACUGCUCACAUCUUUCUCUUGUUGAAUGUGUUUAUUUACAAAAUGUGUUUGUGUUUAUUUACACAUUGCGUUUAUUUAAAAUGUAACUGGACCAGUAUAUUGUGAUGUCACAUUACUGACACAACUCUGUCACAUUACUGUCACAUUACUGACACAACUCUGUCACAAUAACAGUGCAGGUUCCUAGGUCUCACACACAUAUUUCUGGAUUGUAAGUUUGUGUUGAUGUUCAAACUCAGGUUUUUGUACUCCCAUCCAUUGUUAAAUAUUUUAAUUAUUGUGAAGCCAAUCUAUUGUAAAUAAACAGAAGGCAAAGUAAA